CUAUAAAUCUAAAACAGCAUCAUAUGACUUUAAAAAGUAAUGGCUCCCCACUAAGAAUCCUGGGAAACGUAGUUCAUUAAAGCUGCUGAGCAGGGCUGGCCCUGCAGUGAAGCAACCUGAGGCAACUGCCUCAGGUUGGCACCUUGAAGGGGACUGCAGGGCCAGCAUAGGGGCCUCUGCCGCCUCUCUCUGUUCCCAAGAUGCCAGCUGAAGAGAAGCCUUUGCCGCUGCUGUGCAGAGUGAGCGGCAAGCACAGGGGGGCAGCAGGAGCAGGGAGAAGCCAGAGAAAAAAUCCUCACCAGCUGGCUGGAAGCUGCCGCCUAUGCAGAAGGAGCGAGAGGCAAACAAAGAGAGGUCUCGUGAAGCCAAGAUGGGACGCAUUCGAGGUAUGGUCUUGGGAGGUGUAGCCGGCUUGGCAGUGGCCACGAUUGCUAUUCCAGCAGCACUGGGAGCAGCGGGUUUCACUGGAGCUGGAAUUGCUGCGGGCUCUCUGGCUGCAAAAAUGAUGUCAGCGGCGGCCGUCGCCAAUGGUGGAGGAGUAGCUGGGAGUGCUGUCGCCGUGCUUCAGUCAGCCGGUGCUGCUGGGCUGUCUACUUCUACCACAGCUGCAGUGACAGCUGUUGGAGCACUGCUACCUGCCAUCUUCCGUAAAAAAUAAGACGCGCGUGGACAGAGGCCAUAUCUACUUGGAAGAGCAGUACUUGGAAAAUUAUGUUUUGCCGUCAACAACAUAACUCACUUGACUUACCUUAAGUAAAAUGUGAUUUUAAUCAAUGCUACGUUAUUCCUACUGGCCAAAAUGUGCAACAACAUAUAAAGCUUUGAGAAUUAAACAACAAGUAGAAAGUAGAUUGGUUGCAUCACACAAUGCACAUGUAAAAUACUUGCUGCCCCAUGAGGAAAAGAUCCGUGUUUUCCUUAGGAGGCUUAAUUAAUUAUUAAUGGAAUGCAAUUGAAUGCAAGAGGGAAUUAACAAGAACUUCAUUAUUUUUGCAGAUUAAUUGAAAGAAUUGAACAGCCAAGACGGUUAAUCACUGUGGUCUGGCCCUUAGCUGCUAAGUAUCCCGUUUUUCGCGGGAAACCCCUGGAUUUUAAUCCAUUUCCCGCUGUUCUCCCGGAUGGAGAAAAAUCCCGGAAAUCCCCCGGAUUUCCUACCUGCCAGGGAGCCUCCAUUUUGGGUGCCACUCUUCCCAUGUGUGGGCACCGGAAAUCGGCCCGAUGGGAAGUCGCUUCUACACAUG